CUGAGGAACUAGGCACUAGAGGGGGCGGGUCAGGGACUCCCGCCCCCAACCCCGCCCAGGCCCCGCCCCCCGAAGCCGGACCGGAGGUGGUGGUGGUGGUUCAGCUGACACUGCACUUCACGUGACGCCAGAGCGGGUUGAACAUGGCCACUACCGCCGGACUGUGGUUUUGGCUGGGGAACGAAACCCUGAAGGUGCCGCUAGCUCUCUUCGCCCUGAACAGGCAGCGCCUAUGUGAGCGUCUGCGGAAGAACCAGGCCGUGCAGGCUGGCUCCAUCGUGCUGCUGCAGGGCGGGGAGGAAACUCAGCGUUACUGCACGGACACCGGGGUCCUCUUCCGCCAGGAGUCCUUCUUUCACUGGGCGUUUGGGGUCACUGAGCCAGGCUGCUAUGGCGUGAUUGAUGUCGACACUGGGAAGUCCACCCUCUUUGUGCCCAGGCUUCCUGACCACUAUGCCACCUGGAUGGGAAAGAUCCACUCCAAGGAGCACUUCAAGGAGAAGUAUGCUGUGGACGACGUCCGGUAUGCCGACGAGAUUGCCACUGUCCUGACCACACAGAGCCCCUCUGUCCUCCUCACUUUGCGUGGCGUCAACACCGACAGCGGCAGUGUCUGCAGGGAGGCCUCCUUCGAGGGCAUCAGCAAGUUCAAUGUUAACAAUGCUAUUCUUCAUCCGGAGAUUGUGGAAUGCCGGGUCUUCAAGACAGACAUGGAGCUGGAGGUUUUACGCUACACCAACAGAAUCUCCAGCGAGGCCCACCGGGAGGUGAUGAAGGCUGUAAAAGUGGGAAUGAAAGAAUAUGAGAUGGAAAGCCUCUUCGAACACUACUGCUACUCCCGGGGUGGCAUGCGCCACAGCUCCUAUACCUGCAUCUGCGGCAGCGGUGAGAACUCAGCGGUACUGCACUACGGACACGCCGGGGCCCCCAACAACCGGACCAUCCAGGACGGAGACAUGUGCCUGUUUGACAUGGGCGGCGAGUAUUACUGCUUCUCUUCUGACAUCACGUGCUCCUUUCCCGCCAACGGCAAGUUCACAGACGAUCAGAGGGCCAUCUACGAGGCCGUGCUGCGGAGCUCCCGCGCCGUCAUGAGCGCCAUGAAGCCAGGCGUUUGGUGGCCGGACAUGCACCGCUUGGCUGACCGCAUCCACCUGGAGGAGCUGGCCCGCAUUGGCAUCCUGAAUGGCAGCGUGGACGCCAUGGUCCAGGCCCAUCUGGGAGCCGUGUUCAUGCCGCACGGACUCGGUCACUUCCUGGGCAUCGAUGUGCACGACGUGGGAGGCUACCCAGAGGGCGUGCAGCGCAUCGAUGAGCCCGGCCUGCGGAGUCUGCGCACUGCACGGCACCUGGAGCCACGCAUGGUGCUGACCGUGGAGCCAGGCAUUUACUUUAUCGACCACCUCCUGGACGAGGCCCUGGCUGACCCGUCACGCGCCUGCUUCUUUAACCGUGAGGUCCUGCAGCGCUUCCGUACAUUUGGUGGGGUCCGGAUCGAGGAGGACGUCGUGGUGACUGAGAAUGGCAUGGAGCUGCUGACCUGUGUGCCCCGCACAGUGGAGGAGAUUGAAGCAUGCAUGGCAGGCUCCAACAAGGCCUUCACUUCCGUCUCUGGCCCAAAGUAGAGCCAGCCGGGAGUGCCCAGCAGUGAGAGAUGGAGCUCAGAAAUCAUGUGCCAGCAUCAAAGUUUGACCACACCAAAUAGUGCUAUGUCCUAGGGGGGGAAACUUUAUUUUAUUAACUUUCUACAAGAUCAUACCCUAAGCUGUUAAUACUUAGCUUAAAUAACAGUAGCUUUUAAAAUACUAUUUGCAAAAAAAAAUCCUGUUCUUUAAUAGUCACUAAAAUGUAUCUUGUUGUCAUUCAUAUUCUUAUGCUCAGGAAAAACCAAUGUUUUUU